CUUGUGCUUGCGGGAUUGCAAGUUAUGUUUGCUGAUAAUGAGUAAAACUACAGGAACUUAGAAAAGCGAUGUUUGCAAAGUUUGCCAACGCCGUCAUUGGUAGUUAUAAACGCGCUGUGAGCUGUUAAGGUGCCAGCUGAGGUUUCAGUAGAAGUUAUGCUAGCAAGCUAAGUGGGUGGCAUUGUGGUUUAUUUGUUGUUGUUGUUUUCACCGUGAAGAUAAGAUCUCAUUUUAAUUAGAUUCAUGUUGAAAUAUAAGUAAAUGAGCUAGGUAUAGGUUGACAGCUGCUUUUCCAACAUUACCAACAUUACCAAGUCGCUGUACAUGAGCUCCCGCGCCCGCACCAGUGUGUCUUCUUAACGUAUGGGGCAGAGUUCCGCAGGAUCUCUGUGAACCGCGUCAAGCCUGGCAAUUUCCAGGAGUUCUUCACACUCAUGCUGCACAUCCACCGCAUCACCAACAUGGAGGUGAUGAUUGGUUAUGCCGACGUCCAUGGGGACCUUCUGCCCAUCAACAACGACGAGAACUUCUGUAAGGCUGUGUCCACCGCCCACCCCCUGCUCCGCAUUUUCAUCCAGAGACAAGAGGAGGUUGACUACAGCAGUUUUGGCACAAACACGCUGACCCGGAAGAAGAAGGCAGUGGUCACUCUUCGCAACGACCUAAACAGGAAACGACCUCACAUCCGCAUCGGCAUGCCGCAGGAUUUCCGGCCCGUGUCCUCCAUAAUUGACGUGGACAUCCUUCCUGAGUCCCACCGGCGGGUGCGUCUGUACCGGCACGGCUCUGACAAGCCACUGGGUUUCUACAUCCGUGAUGGCACCAGUGUGCGUGUCACACCCCAUGGCCUGGAGAAGGUGCCAGGCAUCUUCAUCUCGCGCCUGGUGCCCGGCGGCCUGGCCGAGGGCACUGGUCUGCUGGCCGUCAAUGACGAGGUGCUAGAGGUGAACGGCAUUGAGGUGACGGGCAAAACCCUGGACCAGGUGACUGACAUGAUGAUCGCCAACAGCCACAACCUGAUAGUGACGGUGAAGCCGGUGAACCAGCGCAACAACGUGGUGCGAAGCAGCCGUAUCUCAGGUAGCUCGGGACGCUCGUCCGACAGCAGCGGCUCGGGGGGUUGCCCCGCCAUCGCCGGCCUGCCCUCUGCUACGGCUGUCACCUCCUCCACUGCCGACCACGGCUAUGCACCUGACGACCUUGACAGCGACGAGGAGUCGGACAUAGUCAUCGAAAGCAGCGUUGGUCGCCCAUCACGCCGCUCGCAGGGUCAGCUGGCUUCGUCCUCGGCUGCCCCAAACAGCCCAGUCAGCAGGCCACAGAGCCGGCCCCUAUCCGUUGUGUCCACAGCCUCCUUCCACUCGCAGGUCAGCCUGAACGGCAUGGCUCACGGCAGCCUGAGCUACCGGUUGCACAGGGACCUGAGUCUGCAGCCACCCCAGCACAGCAGCAGCCUCGCAGGCAGGGAGAGCAGCAACAGCAGCCUGCACAAAAUCCUGAGCAGCCUAAGAACAGGCCCCCGCAACAGCUUGGUGCUUCCCCCUGGGGGUGUGGAGGAGGAUGGCAUGGUCAUCACCCUAUAACGCACUCUUGCAGUGGUGCAACUCUUGAAACUCCCUCUUAAAAACACACACAUGACCCAGAGACUUAAUCGUACAGCCUGGGACAACAGACUCGAACCUCACACUACUUUCUUAAAAGGUUUUGUAAAAUGACUAAUGUAAGACACACUGUCUUGAGAUAUUACUCUGUUCUUAAAUAAUGUUUGCUUAAUGUACACUGCCAUGUCUUAUCUGUUGGGGAUACAUGGGAAAUAGUGUGGUACAUGUUUAGUUUGUUUGUUUGAUUUUCCUUUAGGCAGAGCCACUAAUUCAACAUGAAUGUGUUCUUCUUUAUCAAAUUGUCCACUUAGUGAUCAUUUUUAAUCAUGUUUUCUAAAUGUGUCUUUGGACCAGCAGCGAGGUUUUGACCUGCAUAUUUGUUUUAAAUAAUAGUUCAAGUUGCAGUAUAUAACUGAUCAUAUUUGCCACUACCAUUAGUGAUUUGGAGUCAGCACUGGAAUUCUCUGUGUGGGAGGGAGCUACACUUAUGCUAAUGUAUUAUGUUGGCUUACAAUUUGUAUAUCCUGAGUGUGACACCAAAUUUUGAAGUUGUACAGCAUUUUGUUAAUAUUCCUCUGAAAUGUCUACUGUAUAUGUUUCAGGCUUCAAAUCUCAUUCCUGCAGAAAAUCCUUUAUUCUUAGAACAUUUGAGUAUUAUAUCUUACAAUGUCACAUAGGAGAACACACUGUAAUUACAUGGAUCAAGGAAUUAUGUUUUUAAGGUUUGUCCUGUUUUCUCAGUGACAUGUAUCGACAAUGGCUUUUUCCCCCUCUACUGCUAUAUUGGGGACCUUGAUACAGCAGUGAAACGCACAGGCGUGUCAUACACUGAUGUUUGCAUGGUGCUCUCUAACCAAUGGUUUUGUCUUCUAACCCCACAACACACACCCACAUACACACGCGCAUGCACACACAUUCUGUCAGGUCACUGAUAAUGAACUCCUAACUGGCCCAACUCAAGUCCACACAGCUGUUCACAGGCUGUGUCCUGGGAGAUGCUCAGCUCUUAGCAAGAGCAGUGACCUCUCUACAUGCUCAGUGAAUUUAGCAUCACCCUGCAGGUUCUAACACUCCAGUUAGGGUCAUUCACAUUUAAAGCGUUUGUUGGCUUUUCUUAAUUGGGAAUAAUUGCAUUGGCUCACAGUGUUUGGUUAACAUUACCCUCUUAAGUUAUCUGUGUUUUUAUACACCAGCACCAGCUGUUCUGUUUUCUGAUUUUCACAUGUUUCUGGAGGUUUUUUUCCCCCCAAAAGGUGUGGACUGUGGGACAUAAUUUCUAUAGUCUUAUGACUUGAUUACGUUAUGUAUAGGCAGUUUGGUCUACGUGCAUAUGUUUGUCCUAACAACCCCUAACCGUUUGUGCCUUGUUGUCCCAUCCUCUGGCACAUCUCACCCAAAGUAUUAUGCUUCUAGCUCAGCAUCUCUUUGUACCUGGCCACUGGAUGAUCAAAGUGAUACAAAUGGAUGCCUCAGUGAUUGGCAUCAGAAUUCUGUCUGUAAGUUGCCAUCUGCUGGUCACUUUUGGAGUUUUUAAUUUACUGGGAGUAUCAACUGGGAGCCACCUCAGUACCAAGCAAAUGAAUAUUUAUUGUACAGUAUUUCUGAAGUUUAAACAUUUGUCCUGGUUGUUUAAUUUCUUUGUUGGUUUUCCAUGUACACCAAUUUUAGGUUUGAAUAAAAAGAUAAUAUGAACUGA